AGACUAUUACUCACGUUACUAAGCAAGGGAAGAGAUAACCUCGAUUUUGCGAGAAAUUCUACUUCUGAGGUACCAGAAGAACCUCACCCACCUAAAAACACUCCCCAGUGGUGCAGAUGUGGGGUUUGCAGACCAGUGCCAGACGAGCACGAAGAUUUGUGUUGGAAAAGAGGGACUUUCUUGAGAUCAUAUAGGAUAUUUUCAACUAUAUCCCUCUUAGAAGUAUGUAUAAAAGCUGAAGCGAUAUUCAGGCUAAAGAGAUCAGCUUUUGACCUUUCUGUAUGCAGAGUUUUAGAAAAGCCGCAUAUCGCCAGUUUGCCCUUUGAAGACAUGGUAAAUUAG